AUGGGGUUAAGUUCAAGAGCAUCGUGCGGUUCUAGUUCGAGCUUGCAAUGGGUCAAAAUGAAGAAUCUUGGCGCUGGAGCCAAUGGGGUUGUCGAAUUAGUGGAGAUGAUAGAUCCUAUCCGUAUGUUACACGCUCUUAAAUCUUCACCAUCGUCGACUUCUUUGCUUCAAAGGGAAUACCGGAUCCUUGAACACUUUUUUGACUGCCCGAAUAUCGUUCAAUGCUUCGUUCAAUUUACGGAAUUCGAUCGUGACUACUUGAUUCUUGAGUACGCCCAAGGUGGUGACCUCUUCAAUUUGAUCAAGAGAUACGGUGGCGGAAUACCGGAAUCCGAUGUACGAUGCUAUACGAAGAUGAUACUCCAAGGACUUCGUGUUGUUCAUAUGAGAGGUUAUGUACAUUGCGAUAUCAAACCGGAAAAUAUUCUUGUUUAUCCCAAUAAGCUCGGUAAUCGUUUUAAUUUGAAGUUAGCUGAUUUUGGCUUGGCCAAGGAACCCGGUGACGAUACAUGGCUGACUAGAGGGUGUUUUCGUGGUACUCCGACUUACAUGUCGCCCGAAUCUGUGAAGCAUAGGGAAGUAACAGCUGCUUUGGAUAUCUGGUCGUUAGGAUGCGUUGUGGUUGAGAUGAUGACCAGAGAACGACCGUGGGAAUCGUUCAUCGACGAUUUGGAAGGCUUGGCAACAAGGAUUGCUUGCUCGAGGGAUAUACCGGAUAUACCCCAAGAUAUGUCACCGGACGGGAGAGACUUUUUGAAGAAGUGCUUUGCUAGGGAUCCCCGUGAACGUUGGACUGCUGAUAGACUAAUGACCCAUCCCUUUCUCAUAUAA